AUGUCAUCUUCUAUAAAUAAAAAUCAAUUUGUGUAAUCAACGAAUCAGCUCAAGCAAAAUGGAGCAUCGAAUAACUAGCCAUUCAACAAUACUAAUUUUGGCAAUGCUUAAAGUACUAUAAGAUUGGAAUCCCAAAAUUAAGCCAUUCAAAUUGUAAACCCAACUGGUUCAUAACUUUUAAAGAAUUAGCAAUACUGUAUUAAUAUUUUUAGCUAUAUUUAUUAGUAGUAUCUUAAUAAUAUACUAAUUAAUAGUAAUCACAAAUUAAGUAGCAGCAAUAAUCUAGAAUAUAUUUAGGCUAGUCAGAAAUAAGAGGCACCAAUUUCUUAUAAAGUUAAUUCAUGAAUAGUGCAAAUGAUAAUAAUCUAUUUUAAUCAAGACCUUUUUAAGGAACUUAGGAAUAACAUUUCUAAUAGAAAUCAAAUCUUCAAAAUUCUAAUUCAAAUAUCAUAACUUGUGAUAAUUGGACUGAAAACGAUUAUGCUAAGCAAUUUGAGGAGUGGAGAGAUUUAAUUUAAAAAAAUAUAGACUUUAUUAAUCAGUUAGAAAAUAACAGAUUAGAAAUUCCAUUAUCUAAUGUCAUUUUAUAAGAAAUUCUAAACAUUAAAGCGAAUAUUUUGAAAAAUUCAUUUUUAACUAAACUAUCUCAGUACUAAGAGAUCAUUAAACCAUAUGCUUAUCAAUUGAACAUUAAGAGUGAACAAUUACAAAAAUCAUUAGAAAUUUUAAAAUAAACUAAUUAACCACCAAUGAAUAAAUAUGCCAAUCUUUAUUAAGAAUAAUAGUAACCUAUAUCAAAUAUUCAAAAUUUCAACCAAUAAUUAAGCCAUAUCAAACUAGAAAUACAAAAUUAAAUCAAUUUAACUAAUAGUAUACUAUAAUCCAUUGGUGCUUAACAAAGUUAUAUAGAACCUUAAGAAAAUUAAUAACAAAAAUUAGAGAAUGCAUUCAAAUCUUUGAUACAAUAUAUUCGAGAACGAAUGACUUAAUAAAUUAAUUCAUUAGUAUUUAUUCAUGAAAGAGAAGUAUUCAAUUUAGAGAGAUAAAUUGAAUCCUAACUUUAAAAUUCUGAUACUUUGAGCUUAACAAAUUUAUAAGAAAAACUUACAAUCCUUGAAGGAUAAUUUGAAAUAUUUAAAGAAAAAAAGUAAGAAUUAAGUGAUUUUCAGCAAAGAUUAAUUAACUUAAAAAAUAAAAAUAUCAAUGAAUUUUGUGAAUAUUUUUAGGAUGUUAUAUCUCUCUACAAAUAAUAUAAAAUUUAUUAUGAAGAAAUUAAAUAAAUUUAAUAAAUUCCUAAUUAAUCAAUUUUAUAAAAUCUACAAAUCAAAACCAAAUAGUAAUUAUAUAUCUCAGCUAAAAAUAUUUGGCUAGAGAUCAAAUAAUUAUAUUUUAAUGGAUAUAGAAUUAAGGAAUUUAAUGAAGAAGAGAAAUAUCAAUAAUUUAGCCAAUAUAAUAUUGUGGCAUAAGUGCAAUAUAUCAAAUCAUUUUUGAACUAAUUAUAAUUUGAAUAUAUUAGAAAAGGAAACUAAGUUCCUUUAGAAGAAUCUAAAAAACUAAAAUAAUUAAUUUAUAAGGUAGAAUGUGAAUAUCAAAAGACAAAUUAACUUAGAUUAGAAAUAUCUAAUUUAGAGCAAUAAGAUUUCAUAGGAUAUAGAACUUACAUAAAUUAAAAUCUAAAGCCUAAAUUUUUUAUUGAUUUUAAAGAAUUAUAUGUCAAGGACUUUUAUGAAAUCGUUCAUUACUAGUAUGCAGAUCCUAAUAUAAUAGAAUCUAUUAAAAAACUACUUUAAUUUAAAUUUCCAAUAUUCGAUUGGAAUGAGAAUAUUGAGGAUGAAAAGGAAAGACUCUAAAUAGUUCAAUAUAGACACAAUGAGGUUAAUGAAAAACUAUAAGAUUUGCAAGAAUAAUUUUCAUAAGAUUCAAAAUUUAUUAAAUAAUUAACAAAUUGGAAGGCAGAACUGUUUAAAUGUAUCAAUAUUUUAAAGUAGUACAUCAUUAUUAAGGAAGAAUUAAAAGGUUAACUGAUAACUUUAUUGAAAUGGCCAUAAGUAUCACCUAAUAUUUAGAAAAUUAAUGAGUUUAGCGUUCAUUGUGAGUAAAUAUGUAGAUAAGCAAAUUAACAUAUAUAAGCUAUUGAAUAAUUAGAAUAAAUGAAACUAAUAGUAAACUUAGAAAUUUUGUUGAAAUAAUGGAAUCCACAAGUAAAGGAUUAUUUAAUUUAAUAAUGCCAUUUCAUUAAUUAGAGUUAAUUUUCUCCAUUAAUUAAUGAAUAAAUGUAAAUAGCUUAUUAAUUUUUAUAUGUAUGCAUGGAAUGUUUAAAUUAUGAUAUUGAUGAAAUAUUUUGUAUAACUUCUACUUAUUAAGAAUUUGAGAAUAUUUUGAAUGGUUCUACUAAAUUACAAGAGUUAAAGGGUAUUCUUGAUGGAAAUAUUCAUAAUUCUGCUUUGAGAUAUAAAUUAUUUGAAAUAAUAGAAAAAUUCAUGAAGGAAAAGAUAAUUAUUGACUUUUAAAAUUUAUUUGAAUUAAAAUUAUAGUAGAGCAAAAAUGACACAAAUAAUUUUAAUCCAGAAGAGUUAUCAAAGAGAACUGAUUUGAAAUUUCCUAUAAAUAGACCUGAUAUUUAAGAUAAUUUUUAUUGUAAAUAAAAUAUGGAUAAGAUUAAUUAAAUAGUAGAUUAGCCAGAUCUUAGAUUAAUAUUUUAACAAUUUAGAGAACUCUUAAAUAAUAUUAUUACAAUUAUUGAUUAGGAUAAUUCAGUCUCAGACAUUUAGGUUAAUUAAAUAACUAUAAUUGAGUUGGCAUGCACUUUUGCUUAGUAAUUACUAGUACAAAAUGAUUUGACAAAUAUUUAACCUUUAAUUAAAUUUCAUUAAUAAUUAAGUAAGUAUCCAAAUACAAAAUAAUUAUAAAAUCAAUUAAUAAACUUAGGAAUUGUAUUUCCAGAAGAAUAUAAUAAAUAUUUAGAUGCUUGUCGAAGAAGAGUCUAAAGAUUAGCCUAGAAUAUAUGCUUAGAGUUUGAAUCUUUAGAUUUAAAUGAGAUUUCUUAAGCUAAAUGUUUUUUUAACAACAAUGAAUAUCUUUUGAAAUAAAUUGAUUUUCCUUUUCUUUAUAUGGAUGCCAAGUCAUUGAUUUUAGAGUAUCAACCAUUAAAAUUUAAUUGCACUCUAAAUGUUAAAAUAAAUGGAAAAGUUUUAAAGUAAGGAUAGACAAUUCAAAUUUGA